AUGAAGCUGCUCGGGAACAGGAAGAGCAAGAAGCAGAAGCUCAGUCUAAAGUACAAUAUCCAGAAGCGCAUCCGUGAACACAAACGACGAGUCAAGAAGGAAGCCAAAAAGCUUGGAUUGAAAAAGCGGAUCAGAAAAGAUCCUGGUAUCCCCAACAGCCUGCCAUGGAAGGGUGAGCUUUUGGCAGAGAUCGAAGUGAAGAAGGCGAAGAAGGAAGAAGAACUUGCCAAGAAGAAGCAGGAGGUCAAGGAGAAAAACAAGCUUGACCGGCAACAGCAGCGAAAGGAUGCAGAGGAGAUGCAGCGGAAGAAGGAGUCCGAGCGGCGGAAGAAGCGCGCGGAAGACGUGCUAAUGGCUCAGCUGGAGGCGCUGCAAAGGAUGCUGCAGAAAGCGGACAUCCUGCUGAUAACUUUAGAUGCCAGAGAUCCACUUCACUGCAGAUGUGCGGAGUUGGAAGCCUGGGUCAAACAGAAUCAAAAGCGCCUGAUCUUUGUCCUGACAAAGGUUGACUUAAUUGUACCUCAACAAGCUGCGGACUGGCAACAUGCACUUGGCCAGGUCGGUCCAGCAGCUUGUGUCCAGGUCGAAGCGGGUGGUGAAGGAGUUAAGGAGUUGCUUCACAUGCUGGGUGCUCGCAAGUCCAGUGAGGGCGAGGGCCCAACUGUCGGCGUUCUAGGCUACGAAGGCACUGGCAAGAAGUCGCUGCUGAAGGCCCUGCGCCGCGAAGCCGCCGGGGCGACGUCGCCACAGCUCGUGGAGUCGGUGGGACGCCUGAGACCUGCAGAGGACCCUGAGGGCGAGGAGGCGCUGAAUGCAACGCUGCACCUGGCCAUGCGGGGGCUGCUGUCGAAACGUGAAGCAGGCCCAGAGCCCUUGGAGGUGGUGCGGCACCUGGUCGCCCGCUGUGGGCCACAGGCGCUCAUGCGCCGCUAUCGGCUGCCGGCCUUCGACGGCCCUGAAGGCUUAGUGCAGGCUUGGGCCAAGGCGUUCAAUGUGAAGACCAAGAAGGGAAAAGUUCCAGGUGUAGAGGCAGCGGCUCAGCUCUUCUUGCAGCAGUUGGCCACCAGCCCCUGCUGUAGUUGUUUGCCUCCGGGUCAGUUGGAGGGCGGUGGCCUCUGGGAAGGACAUGAGCGGAAGGAUUUGGAACCUGUGAUGAAGGCACAGCUGGAUCUGCUGCGCGGGCGUGAGGCUUCGGGAGCUCGAGGCCUCACGUGGCCCUCCCAUGGCCUGGGGCCAAGCAUCGCGCUGCAGGAGCUCAUGGACCAUGUGGAGGAUGAAUCCGACGAUGGAAUGGAUGAUGGUUUCGAAGAGGGUGAAGAGGAAGAAUGGAUGGAAGGGGAAGGCGAAGAAGAAGAGGAUUUGGAGGAUGACGCCAUGGAAGAUUAA